UUUUGACAUAUUAUGUUCCUUUUUUGCGGCCUCGCUAAAUAGGAAAAAAUUUGCAACAAACAGAAAAACUAAAAAUUACAGUAAAUUUAUCUUGGUUUUUAUUUAUGUAGCCAGCAUUUUCAUCCAUAUUUUACAUGCAUAACGAUAUGGCGGGCUUGGAACAUUACGAAAGAUAUCUGGAAGAUGACGAAGAUCAGUUAGAUAACAUAGUCCGCUUCCAUCCCGCUUUUAAAUCACCACUCGAAACCUCCCAUUAUCAGUUUAUCAAUUCAGAGCGAGAUUUGACUCUUCCGCUUCAAAAGCACAAGAAUGUUCAACCAAUCUACGAAAGUCCGGAUGAUGAGAUUUCUAUCCGGAAGUACUUGGGCGCUAGUGUGAACUUGAUAAGUUUAAUCACAGAGAACCUUCUGUGUCAUCCGUUCCUGGUGCUUCGCAGGCAGUGUCAGGUUCACCAUAGUUCACAGAAGUAUCACAUCGUUCCCCUCACAUUGGUUCCAGUUAUCGUACAUUUGCACCAACGUCAGGGCGUGACCACGCUAUGGAAGGGCAUUGGAAGCGUUCUGCUAGUGCGAGGGAUGACCCUUGCUGUUGAGGAUGUUAUUUCCAAAUUUACACCGUGGCCAAAAGAGGUAAAUUCAAAAACGACGCUCAAGCAGUUUGGACAGCAUUUGCUGCUUAAAUGCAUCAGCUUGGCAACGAUUGUACCGUUCUACUCGGCGUCCCUGGUUGAAACAGUCCAAAGUGAUAUAGCCAGCGAAAAGCCCGGUAUCUUCGAUGUGUUUCGUGAAGGUGCUAGUCGACUUGUUGCAUGGAGUGCCCCACAAAAAGGACGUAUGCUACCCAUUUGGUCGCUGAUGGGUCCCAGUAUAUCACUUGGAAUAUCCAAAUAUAUAUGCCAGCUGUUCAUCAGAGGUAUAUCUACUCGGAUAAUGUGCCGUCGAGUAACGUUUUUCGAUGAGAAACAAGGUGCUCGUCCACGGGACUUCACUGCACAAAGUCAAGUGAUCGAGGUCUACUCAACGAUGAUAUCUUUAAUGACAACAGAAAUCAUAUUUUAUCCCUUUGAAACUAUUCUUCACCGGAUUCAGCUUCAAGGAACCCGUACAAUUAUCGAUAACUUGGAUUCGGGAUAUUCUGUGGUCCCGAUAUUGACCAGCUAUGAGGGAGUGGUCGAUUGCUAUCGUCAAACGAUGGUUACCGAAGGUAUAACGGGUUUGUAUAAAGGUUUCGGCGCUAUGUUACUUCAAUUCGCUGCUCACGUUGCUGUGAUUAAGUUAGGAAAGUGGGUGAUCACUCAGAUUUCGGAAAUCAUGUCAAACAAACCACCACCAAAGGUUGCAGAAUAUUACAACUUAGACGUAAAAAAUUCGGGCGGCUCAGUCACUAUGUCCAGAAGCAUCAGCGGAAUCAGCUCACUAAGUGACGAGCUAUCCUAAGUCCAAUAAAUCACUAGGAAUGCUGUUUUGUUGGUAAAAUAAACGAUCGAAUUGUUUCGGAA